AUGUCUUCUCAACCCCAAGGAGACAAUUUCUGUCUGGAAUGCCACUGGGAGGCAUUUCAUAUAGACGGUAAGGACGCCGUCGACACCUUGGCAGAUCAGUCUCUGCCCCAGUGGACCUGCGCAGACCACGAACAUACCACCUCUCUUGCACGGUGCAGUGUUGAUGAAGCUUGCUGCGAUGUGGAUGAUUGCCAUGUUGAUGAGUGCCCGUUAGAGUGUGGGUCGGUUUGCGACGGCUUCGUGGAUUGCGACGCUUCGACCGUGUGCUCGGUGGCGCAUUGUGAUGACACACACUGCGAGGAUACUCACUGCGACGAUACUCACUGCGACGACACACACUGUGACGAUACUCACUGCGAGGAUACGGCCCAAGCCUGCUUCGAUGAGCAUUGCUGCGACGGAACCGAGGGUCAGGAUUAUAGUUUUGAUUCCCUGUUUGGUCUCAGUACUCUCGCUUCCCUAGAUGCCUCAUGCUUCGUCCCUUCGGCAACGAUGGAUCAGAGUCUUCUUGAUCAUUCGGGGAAGGUAGCAGGGCAUUGUCAUCCUAUGCCUUUACCAGUCGACCCGAGUCAUCAAAAUGACUUCCUCUCAUCAUAUCAAGCACACACCGCCCAUUGUGAUAAUAAUGUGUCCAGCCACUUUGGCUGUGAUGAUUUUCAGAGAGACUUGCAGGGGCUGUUCACAAACCCUCCAUUUCCAGUACAGACCGAUGUCAACCCUACCGACGUCUUCCAUAUGCUUGGGGUGUGUCCGACUUUCUCGAUUUGCCAUGACCAACACGCACUCGACCAAAAUGAGUGCCAGAACCGUUUUGAAGGCCCGAAAGUCGAUUCACCAGUCAACUGUUUCCACCCAGACCAUUCUCAUACCCAUGGUCAAAUCAAAAACCCGAAUGACCUCAACCUUCAGGCUUUCAUGAAAGGGCCCCACCGCACUAAUCACCGAUGUCGAGUUCAUGCACACUCUCACGCUAGCCCGUAUUCUCCUUAUUCCCGCCAGUCCCGGUCCAGUGUCAGCUCGCACCUCUUAUCCAGUCCAGCAGAGACUCCACCACCCCUCGACCGGAGUGUAUCAUCAGUCCUGACCACCCCGGACUUUUCUUCCGAGGACAAUCACCUACAUACCUGCAAAUGGACACACGAUUUUCACGGGGUCAAGACUGCCUGUGGAGUCACCUUCUCGAGUGCCGGUGCUCUUCAAGAGCAUCUUAUCUCCAGCCACAUUAACACCAUCGAAGGCGCCAAGGGGAACGGUUACUAUUGCCGCUGGGAAGGAUGCCAUCGUCCAGAUGAACCAUUCUCGCAAAAGUCAAAACUCCAGGGUCACUUCCUGACCCAUAGUAACUACAAGAACUUCAAGUGCUCUGUUUGUGGCAAAAUCUUCGCCAGACAGACGACCUUGGAUCGACACGAGCGAAGCCAUCGUGGCGACAAGCCGUACCAAUGUAAAUAUUGCCGCAAAUCAUUUACUGAUAGCAGCGAGCUGAAAACUCAUUCGCGAACGCAUACUGGCGAAAAGCCUUUCAAGUGCACCUACCCAGGGUGUACAUUUGAGACCGGCGAUUCCUCGAAUAUGUCCAGUCAUCGACUAACACAUGGUGAACGAAAACACAAAUGCCAUUUCCUAGGGUGCACGAAGAGCUUUACUCGACCAGAUCAAUUGAAACGCCAUAUGCGGACUACACACAAACAAGAAUCCUCUUCGACCCUGUCAUCACCACGCUCAGACCAAUUCAGCCUUACCCCCUUUUCCGUUGUUUAG